GCAUUAUCAGGCUGGAAAGUAGUCGCGACUUGAUGACGGCCUGACCUCUAACCCUGUGCCACUAGUGACCCUGAAUGUCAGUGAAGCACGUGACCGCAGAGGAUCCGCGUCAACACCCCGAGAGAGGGAAAUAAUCUCGAAUUUUGUUAUUACCAAAUUCUACAACGACAACACGUGCAACGACAUUAUAAUGGUGCUUGUGGGUGACUAAGAGAAAAAUACUGUUCUGCUGCAUGGCUGAGGGAUUGAAAACCCAGAAUCCAUUUUUGUGCUUUUACACACACUGGGUUUUAAUUUGUUUUAGCAGAAUUAGCAUGCGAGAUUAUCUUGUUUCAAAUAAAUCUUUUGCAAACAUUUUUCUUCUUUCUUAAAAUGAAUGGAGUAUUAAAUAACAUGAAAACAUAACAACUAUCCACACGCCUCAAAGAAUUGAGAUGUCAUCCAUCAUCAUAUUCCCCUGGUGGAAUAUUGUUUCCUCAUGCUGCCUUCAUCUGGUCAGGUGUUGCUUGUAAACAUUUGUUUACAUCUGGUCACGUGCUGUUCUUUGCAUAGUUUGACGUCGAUAUUGUGACGUCAAAUUGCCGUGACGUGUGAGGUCAGCUGACUUUGUGACAGUGUCCACUUGUCCAGCACAGGGUGUUAGUCAGGCUGAGCCCCGAGUUCAUACAAGUUCAUACAAGUUCAUACACAACUGUACGCCUUCCGUCAGAUACACUGCAGACCUUUAACCUCUGCGCCAUUUUAUUCUUGAAGACAGACGAGGAGAGGCAGGGUUAAGGCUGCUUUUGUCUUCCUUAUAAGAAAUGUGACGUCAUACAUGGAUGAAUGUUUAGUGGGAAUGGUUCUGUGACUCGUUUCAGGAAAUAUCAUUUCAAGCAAGCUGUCGAUAUUCGGGAGAUGAUUGGUCAUACCGUCACGUGGAUCUUGGGUUCCGAUUCUAUUAGUUAAUUUGAAAACUGAUAAUGAAUCGUCGUAAGGAUUUUCAAGCGCUGCUUGACCUGAACCUUGACCUGCACUGAAGAGUGUUACAGGUAGGAGAAAAGGGAGAUAAUGGUGCAGGGCAGAGCACUCCUUCAAAUCGCAAGUGACCAAUUCCAGUGCAGUAGGGUGGUGGUCCUUGGAGGGAGCGGCAAGGAGAGAUACACAACGUUCAUCAUUGCUGGAAUAUUUCUAGUGUGUAUCGUCCAGCUCAGUGCAGCUGCAGGAUCACCGAAAACCACGGCAAAAAUAAUACCAUUGAAAGAGGAACCAGAAAUGGAGUGGGAUGAUUGCAAAUUCCACAUCGACAGCUUGCAAUCAUGGCAGGAUGAACAGCUGUGUCAAAACAGAUCAUCCAUUGAUUCCAGACCUGACACUUGCGACAACUGCUUCGACCCCACAGUCCUGCUGGCAAUAAAUACCCCCACUCUCUGUGACAAGGAGCAGAAGCCAGGCAUCAUUGAUGUCCUCUUUAUCAUCUCCUCACUGCACCAGCAUUUUCGACUUCGCACCAGAAUCCGCAACAACUGGGGAAGCGUCACCGCCAACAACACCACUAACUUCCGACAUGUCUUCCUGCUGGGAACAUCGCCCAACGCUGACGUCAUGAGCAAGGUCAGGCAAGAAGCAAGAUUGUUCGGGGAUAUGCUAGUCGGACACUUCAACGACCACUACUACAACCUCACGUUCAAGACUAUGAUGGGCGUGAACUGGGCGGUGAAGAACUGCGGCCAUGCAAGGUUUUUUGUGAAGAUGGACGACGACGUGUGGGUGAACACCAACCGUCUGCUGGUAAAAUUACAAGAAAAUACUCUGUAUCUGCAGGAAGCCAUAGGCGGAAUGUGCUUUGUGAAAGCCUUGGUCAAGCGGGACAAGACGUCUAAGUGGUAUGUUCCCGAAGCGUAUUACGCCAACGAGUUUUACUCGCAAUACUGUUAUGGGUUCGCCUAUGUCGGGGCAAUGGCCGUCCUCGAGCAGGUGCUCGCCAUAUCCCGACAUGUUCCCUUCUUCUUCGUGGAUGACGUGUACGUGGGGAUGUGCCUCGAGCAGGUGGGCUUUGGCGUCAUCAAAUUUCCAGGCUUCAAAGCCUCAGGAGACACCUGCAAGGACAGAAACAUCGACGACAUCGCUGUGCACGGAGCGUUGCACUGGCGGUGGUUCCCUACUGCGGCCACAAACCGCCCCCUCAUCGCACGCCCACUCCAUACGAUGCUUCUGAAAAUGAGCCUUUUCAUAAAUUCAAGCCUUUGUAUAGAUCAAGGUCGUAUAAACCCUUUUCUGAAUAUAAAUCGGGACCCAGUGAAGAUAAAGUUAGGCUCCCUUACAAGUCUAAACCAUCUCAGUCUGAGCCACUUGUUGUAUCAAACACUUCGGACUCUAAGGCCUCUUCUCGAUCCAAACCUUCCUCUCAAUCGAAGACCUCUUCUCAAUCCAAACGUUCCUUUGAUUCUAAGCCCUCCUUUCAGUACAAAACCUCCUCUCAAUCGAAACCCUCCUCUGGCUCUAAGCCAUCUUCUCAAUCCAAAUCUUCUUUUCAAACUAUUGCCUCUUCUCAAUCGAAGCCCUCCUCUCAAUUGAAGGCAUCUUCUCAUUCCACACUUUUUGAUAAUUCAAAACUAUCUCGUCAAGCCACUUCCCCGUCCAAAUCUUCUGAGGUCUCUACGACUCAUUCCACACCACUACCUACAUCUAAGUCCUCUUCUCCAACUAAGCAUGUUAGGAAACCUGGGGCUCCUUCUGAAUAUGCAUCUCCUGAAACUACACCUGUACCUGAAUCCAAACUCCUUUCUGAGCUCAAACCUUCUUUUCCCUCGACUUCUCACGAGUCUACAAGUCUGUAUAAAUAUAAGUCUGACAACAGGUCACCAUUUUCUGAAGCAGAUAUCUUUUUUGAUUAUUUGAUCAUCCCUAGUUUCUUUUUAUUGUUUUUGCCAUAUUUGUAGGUUUUCGACACCUCAAGAUUUUUAUCUACUGCUUGAAGAAGCUUUGGCUGCUUAUAACUAAAAUCAUCAUUUGAUGAGUGCACGUUCCCUUACCUGAUCAACAGAUUUUCUCCCAUUUAAAAGCCGAACGAGAGAAAAUUGUUUUAAUGACAGAAAAAGUAGGCUAGGAGCUUGGGACAACUAUUCUUAAACUCACCAUUACUGAAAUCUUUUUAAUAUAUUUAUGUGCGAAAGAGAAUUACCUUUUUGAUUGCUUUAACUGUAAAGUUGCUUUCAGUUGCGCACUUAGUAAUAGAAAGAACAUGUCUAAACAUUGAAUGAAGAUAUUUUAUAAAACUAUAAUCAUUUGCAUUUAAAUUUAAUGUGGUUUCAAUAAAAUAUAAAAAAAAAUAAUUAAAAAAAUGAAACUUUGUAUAGCGCAGUUCUUCCCUGUACAGUAGACUCAAUGUGAUUUACAAAUAUUUAUAUUAUAUAUAUAUUCGGAAUACAAACCGCUAAAACCACACAUUCAAACAGAUACAAAAUGUAAACAACACACAUAAUGACAGACCAAAACACUUCAGGAAGCUUGUAGACUCUGAGCUGGAAAAAGAUGAAGCUGAGAAGAGCUCUGUUCAGUCGCGACUUAAUGACCUCCUGACCUCUAACCCUGUUCCAGGCUCAUGGCGCUUUACAAAAAUAAUAAUAAUAAAAUUAAAUAAAAUACAGACAACACAGAGACUGACGUGCGCAACAUUUGCAACAUUGUUGUCAAGAAAAUAUCAAAUAAUAUGAAUGAUAUCUAGCAAGAAGCUG